UGUGAGGAAGCUGUAGGUGGCCCGUCUUGUUGGGCUGGACCCCAGAGUGAAGGAUGGCGAAGAAGCGAGAGCCCGGGCAGGGCGGAGGGCCGUGGGACAGAAGCUGGGAGGCGCGGCCCGGGCUGAGAUGAAAGCUGCGGCGAGCUGGGCAGGAGCUCCGGGCGGGAAGGACGGGCCCAGUGAGAGCCACACUGGGAGGAUCCUGAGGUCCUGCUGAUGUCACUCGCAGUUGUGAGCGGCCGCCUUUCCCGGGGACAAUGUGGGACUGAGCGGCCCAGCCGCCGCGCCGCCGCUGCCGCCGCCGCAGAACAACCCCAGCGAGCCAGCUGAGCCACAGCCACAGUGUGGACACACUCCCAGGCUACUGUGGCCCCAGCCCCGCCUGACAGAAUGAGCAGUUCAGAUGCGGGGCUGGAGGAGGAGCCAGAGCUUAGCAUCACUCUCACGCUGCGGAUGUUGAUGCAUGGGAAGGAAGUGGGAAGCAUCAUUGGGAAGAAGGGAGAGACUGUAAAGAGAAUCCGGGAGCAGAGCAGUGCCAGGAUAACCAUCUCUGAGGGCUCCUGCCCUGAGCGGAUUACUACCAUCACCGGCUCUACAGCCGCCGUCUUCCACGCUGUCUCCAUGAUUGCCUUCAAGCUGGAUGAGGACCUUUGUGCUGCUCCUGCAAAUGGCGGCAGUGUCUCCAGACCUCCGGUGACCUUGCGCCUUGUCAUCCCUGCCAGCCAGUGUGGAUCACUGAUUGGGAAGGCAGGCACCAAAAUCAAGGAGAUCCGAGAGACUACGGGAGCCCAGGUGCAGGUGGCAGGGGACCUGCUCCCCAAUUCCACAGAGCGUGCUGUUACCGUGUCUGGGGUGCCUGAUGCCAUCAUCCUGUGUGUGCGCCAGAUAUGUGCUGUUAUUCUGGAGUCCCCGCCCAAAGGAGCCACUAUCCCAUAUCAUCCAAGCCUCUCCCUAGGUACUGUCCUGCUCUCCGCCAACCAGGGUUUCUCUGUCCAGGGUCAGUAUGGAGCAGUGGCCCCUGCAGAGGUCACCAAGCUCCAGCAGCUCUCAGGCCACGCAGUUCCCUUUGCCUCAGCCAGUGUGGUGCCAGGACUGGAUCCCAGCACACAGACCAGCUCGCAGGAGUUCCUGGUUCCCAAUGAUCUGAUUGGCUGUGUGAUCGGACGCCAGGGCAGCAAGAUCAGCGAGAUCCGGCAGAUGUCAGGGGCACAUAUUAAGAUUGGGAACCAAGCAGAGGGUGCUGGGGAGCGGCAUGUGACCAUCACUGGCUCACCUGUAUCCAUUGCCCUGGCUCAGUACCUCAUCACUGCCUGUCUAGAGACGGCCAAGUCUACCUCUGGGGGGACACCUGGCUCAGCCCCCGCAGACCUGCCCACCCCUUUCUCGCCACCCCUGACGGCCCUGCCCACAGCUCCCCCAGGCCUGCUGGGCACACCUUAUGCCAUCUCCCUCUCCAACUUCAUCGGCCUCAAGCCUGUGCCCUUCUUGGCUCUACCACCUGCUUCCCCAGGGCCACCGCCGGGCUUGGCGGCCUACACUGCCAAGAUGGCAGCGGCCAAUGGGAGCAAGAAAGCUGAACGGCAGAAAUUCUCUCCCUACUGAGGCCGGCUGAGGCCCAGGCCGGGGCAGGCAGGACCGCCAGCAGGGGCUGCCUCCACGUCCUUCCUGCCCAAGGAGACUCUACCAUGGGGUCUCAAGCGCCAGUAAUGCCAGACGCAUGGAUGCACCCCCUACCCUGCUCCAUCUUUGGAGUCCUCCUCAGAGAGGGGACAGUUUCUGGCCCUGGGUUCUAGGAGCUAUGGCAGCCCCAGAGCAGGGGCUCCACCCCUUCAGACCUAUGCUUGGAUGCCGGGAAUGGCCGGGGCCUCUCUAGUGCCCUGAGGUGGGAGGCUGCUCAUGUCCUCCAUCCCUUUGGGCCUUUGGCCUGCUGCCCCAGUGGGAACUGGAGGAGAGUGAGGGGUGGCUGGGGCCAAGCUUCUCUUCAUCCCCUGCAGAUUCUGCUGCUUCCACUGAUACCCUUUUGACUGGAAUAGACUGGCUGGGCUUGUCAGGGGGCAACCCAAAGAGAGGGCUCUGCCUAUUGCCGGGGGAGUGGCCUGGGGCAGGGGCCCAGGUCUCAGCAGCAGAUUCUCUGUACAGUUUUUUCAAUCCCUGUUUUUGAAUAAAUAUUCUCAGCGACCAGAAAGCCAUG